AUGGCGCCAUCCGUCAAUUACCGGCCCGAGACUGUACAGUGGGCAACUCGUUCAGCUGACCAUACCUCUCUCUCUUCCAUCCCUUCCAAACCACACCUCACAUCUCACGGCAGCAUGAGCUUCUCCCCCUACCGGAUCCAGCACGUCAACCUCUCAGUCCCAGUAGGAACUCUAGAGCAAGCCGAGGAGUUCUACGGCACCGUGCUCGGCUUCGCGCCCGACCCCGUGCCGCAGCUGCAGCGCGACUCUCUGCGCUGGUUCCGCGUCGGCGACACGGGGCAGCAGGUGCAUGUCUCCUUCGACGAGCCGAACAGCGGCAAGACGCGGUGUCAUCCCUGCUUUGCGCUAAGGGAUGGGGAGGCGCUGUUGGAGCUGCAGAAGCGGAUCUGGGACGCGUUCCAGAAGGGAGGGAAAGCGGCGCCCAUGGCUGCUGAUGAGCCCGGGAAGGAGAACUCGGGCGCCAAGGUGCGUCUACAAUGCGAGAGGGGGCUGACAGCCAGGGGGUCGAGUAUCCCUCCCGCUUCUUCUGUCGGGACUAUGCAGGCAACAGACUCGAGUUCAGUCGUCGAGGUUUCCGCUGCCCCACCUCCACCCGCGACCGACGAGCUUGGCGCGCCCGUUCUCGAGGCGCGAGGUCAGCGCUCCACCGCGCUCGGAGAGCUGGCGCGCGUCGAGCACGGAGUUCUCGUCCCCGCCCGCCUGCUUCACGAACUCGUGUCCCAGACCCUCGGGCUGCAGGUAGUAUCCCGUCAGGACGGCCCAGGCGCUUCCCGUCUGUGA